AUGGUGAAAGCAUCAUCAGGUAACAAGGCGGGCCCGCGGACUGAUCCAGAAGCCAUUGAGCGCAGGCGGAUGCAGAAUCGUCUAGCACAACGCAAAAGACGAUUGAAACGCGCUCAGAUGGCAAGAGAAGAAAAAGAGAGACAACAGCGUCUCCAAGCAGCCCAAGCAGCAUCCCAGCUUACUUUUAUCAACGACGGUUAUCGUCUUUCUCUCAAUCAACCGCCGGUCUGUCAUGCUGGGCAGCAAAAGAUUCUCCCACCAGUCGUGAAUAAUUACUUUGAUUAUACACCGCUACAGUUCGAAGAUGUCUUCUCGUCUUCUCCAUACUUUCCACGUACACCUAUACCACCAUUUGAGACCGACCCAACCUUCCUUGUCAAUGGAUACCCCUCACCAUCAUCAUCACACGCACCAUCAACGCCGACAUUAAGUCUAUAUACACCCAGCCUUAUCGACGAAGACUUGUCCAACAAUAUAAACAGCAGCAGCAACAGCAACAUAGAUCUUGACCCUAGCUUAUAUCUGAGCUCACAGGCUGGAGUUGUAUCUCCGAGUGCGAAGACGCAGCACCCCUGGGAUGCAUUUGGUCUCAUGCCAUUACAGCCAGUAUCAUCACCGGUCUUGCAGGGAGACAGGAAUCGAUCGACUUCCCUUCCUACCCCGUUUACUACACCUCCAAGAUCGGUUCCAUCUUUAUCAACGCCACGAGUACCUCCGACACCAAACAUUAUGCAAUAUCCCCCCAGCAGCCACACCAAAAAUAUGAAUAUGAGGACCAAUGGUCUCAACUUAUUCAACACGAGUAUCGACACCAGUCCUCACGCCGGUUCUAGUUCUAUCAAUAUGAAGAGCAAUCUCACCACCACACCCAACAAGACAGGCCUCCACAUCUGCGCCGAACAAGGCAACACGCACGCCGCCAAUCUGCUGUUAGGAUACGGCGCAGAUAUAGAUGCAAUCGAUGAGUACGGCCGUACACCACUACACUACGCCGUAACAAAUAGACACACGCACAUCGUGAAACUGCUAGUUGAACGAGGCGCAACCACCACCAUCGCAGAUAUCAACGGCGUAAAUCCAAUGCAUAUCGCCGCUGAUUCCGGCGAGAAAGAGAUGACGCAGAUGAUGCAUAUGAUGAUUAUGAUGACUCCGCCUGUGGUUGUUCCAGGAGCACAUAAUAUCAAUCUGCAUUCUGGACCAGUUGUUUUGAAGUAG